CUUACCACCCCACCCCACCCCACCCUCCCUUCACUCUACCCCCUCCACUCUCUUCCUGGGAGGGCCAAACCCUAAAAGCUCCCGCCACCCCCAUUAGCCCCCCACCCCCACCCCUACUCUCUCUGUGAGCUUCAUUACUGUUUUCUCUGUAGUUUCAUGUCUGAAAUUGUUGUUUUGCUGUGUUCAACUCAUUUUGCAUGUCUCUGCUUCACCAGAUUCAAUCCUCAAUACGGAUUACUUUCGUCUUUGAUUGCAUCAACUAUGGGUUUACUUUGAAGGUUUUCUCCAGUCUUCCAAGAUGAAUGAUCAAAAGGUGUUGAUCUUUGGGUCAUUUACAGAAGAUGAGAUUAAAACUUUGCAAAGCCAGCCAACAACUGAUGUAGGGAUUACAUUUGGUUCUUUGGAUUCUGCAACUUUAAAAUCUGUGGGCAUUUUUGACACAAAAUUGACUGAGUUUGAUCAUUCUAAGAAACCUCAGCCAUCAGAGCUUGCUCAUAGAGAGAAUGUCACUGAGGGUCAUAGCAAUACAGGGAAAACCAUAAAGUCGGUUGGCCAAAUAAAAGAAUAUGGUAGUUCUAGUUUUACAAAUCCUGCUUACAAUAGGGGUGUGUUACAUCCAACAGUGAAUACUGGAAGUGGUUAUGAUUCGUCUGAAAAGUCAAGCUUGUUGCAGUGUGCAGCUGAUAAUGUGUCUGAAUUAUCUAGCAGUGUGCAAGAUGUUCAUUUGACUAAUCAACUUAAAAACUAUAACUUGGUGAAUGGUAGACACAAAUCUUUGAAGGCAUUAAAUGGGUCUGCUGUGGAUUUCAGAAGUUUGUUACCUCGAGGGUUGGUCAACUUGGGGAACUUAUGCUUUCUUAAUGCAACUCUUCAGGCUCUUCUCUCUUGCUCUCCUUUUGUUCAGCUCCUGCAAGAACUAAAAACACGUGAUAUAACAGAGGCUGGGUAUCCAACUUUACAUGCCUUUGUUCAGUUCAUCUCUGACUUCAGCAUAUACAUUGAUUCAAGCAUGAAGAAAAAGGAAACAAUUAUUCCAGAAAUCGGGCUGCCUUUUCGACCUUUAAUGUUUGAAUCUGUCCUAAAGAACUUUACUCCGGAUGUCGCAAAUAGCUUGACAGGCAGACCUAGGCAGGAAGAUGUUCAGGAGUUCCUCAGUUUUCUGAUGCAUCAGAUGCAUGAUGAAUUGCUAAAAUUAGAGGGUCAAGUACCAAAUGGUAUUGGGAGAAACUCCUCUCUGGUUUCAUCAACAGAUGAUGAGGAAGAGGAUGAUGAUUGGGAGACUGUUGGCCCAAGGAAUAGGACUGCAGUUACUAGAACACAGAGCUUUGUUCCAUCAAAAUUAAGUGAAAUUUUUGGAGGUCAACUGAAGAGUGUAGUGAAGGCUAAAGGUAACAAAGCCUCAGCAACAGUACAACCAUUUCUUCUGCUCCACCUUAACAUUUAUCCAGAGCCUAUUUGCUCAAUAGAAGAUGCACUUCGGAUGUUUUCUGCACCAGAGGCACUUGAAGGAUAUCGAACGUCCGCAGCUGGAAAGGCUGAGGUAGUCAGUGCCAGCAAGUCUGUUAAGAUUCUGGAGCUUUCUGAUAUAAUGGUGUUGCAUUUAAUGCGCUUUAGCUACGGAAGUGAAGGGAGUACCAAGUUGCACAAACCCGUGCACUUUCCUCUGGAGCUUGUGUUUGGACGUGAUUUGCUCGACUCUCCUACUGAGGGUAGGAGGUAUGAACUUGUUGCAACGAUCACUCAUCAUGGAAGGGACCCUUCAAAGGGUCAUUAUACUGCCGAUGCCCGCCAUCCAAGUGGCAAGUGGCUACGUUAUGAUGACGUGUCUGUCACAGCCAUCCCCACAAGCAAGGUGCUGCAUGAUCAAGCGUACGUUCUCUUCUACAAACAGUUGUAACUUGUAUGGUAAUUUCAAGUUGCACUAAUUGGCCAACAACGAAAAGAGAUUAGGGAAAUAUGUUCUUGUACAUGUAUAAGAAAGUUGAUAGAUAACAGAUGCAAAUAUAGGAGCAAAAGAUGUAGAGGAGAACCUUGUUAAAAUCAGUCACAACUCAGAAGAGUAAUUUUGUGUUUGAGUAGAUGUUUGAAAAGAGGUAGAGGUAGUAGAGUUCGAAAUUCCCCCACCCCUGAGCACCCCAUUUUUUCACCCAGUUUUUACAGGACUGAAGAUUGUAUUCUAUGUUUUAAGAUGAAUUAAGCUGGAAAAACCCCGAAAAAUUUAUUGAUUUUAUUUUAAUCAUUGGAAACAAUGAGAUUGAAAAGAA